AUGAUUGAUUUUAGUUAUCUGCGACCUCCAGCUGAUGUAUAUUAAAUCAAACAUGAUUGUAUAUUAUCUUAUAUUAUAUAUAGCAUACUAUAUAAAACAUGGAGAGGGGAAAAGUCAUGUUAGAAAAAUAUUUUUUCAUUAAGAAUUUGAUGAAUAUGAAAAAUAAAAAAUAAAAGAGUUGACAGAAAGUAUCCAAUAACAUAAAUUAACAUUGCCUCCUGAGUAAUAUUAUUUUAAAGCUUUAGUUGGUGUUAAGAGUUGACUCUUAAGUAUUGUUAUUCAGGAGGUUUUGAAAUUAGUAAAUGUAUUUAAAGGUUACAAAAACAUUUGGAAUGGAUUAAUGAUGAAAAUUAUCAAGUCUUAUCUCCAGAGGCUGAAUAAUAUUUAGUUUUAAAUUAAUAAAUAUUCAAUCUAGAAAUAAGGCUAUAUUUAUUAAUUUGGAAGAGAUCCAUAAUACAGACCAGUUGUAUAUAUAUAAUUACAUUUGAUUUCAAAAAACAAAGUUCAUGUACCCACUCUUUUAAAUGCAGCAACAGCUAUUGGAAAUAUGGUAACUAAAUUUAUGUAUGCUCGUGGUUAUGUUGAAAAUUGGAUAGUCAUAUUGGAUAGUGGUGGUAGUGGAUUAUUUGAUUUUCCAUUCUCCACUCUCAAUAUGAUUAAUGAAUUCUUUUCAAUCAAUUUCACUAGUUCAUUACAUAAAAUGUUUAUUUUGAAUCCUUCCUUCUUUUUUAAUUCAUCAUGGAAAUUAAUUGAAAGUAUUUUCAAUCUUAAUAAUAGAAAUUAUUCACCCUGAAACUGCUGCAAAAAUCAAUUUUCUAAAAGCUACAGAUUUUUAUAAAUUAUAGGAAUUAAUUCCAGCUGAAGAAAUAGAAAUUAAAUAUGGAGGUCAACAUCCAAAUUUAACUAAUUUUUGGCCUCCUAUAAAUACUAAAGCUCAAAUUAAUUAGCCAAAUGAUGAGUUUUUAUAAAUAUAAAGACCACCUACUCUUACAAAACGUACUUAAAGUUUCAAAGAAUCUGAAUAUUUUAGUAUUGAUAAUAAUUCUAAAGAGUUUUAUAAUAAUUCUAAAAUGAAAGGUAAUCUAUUAUUAAAGUAGAAUAUCGAAUACAUGAACAGUUUCAAGUAAUUGAUUAAUAACACUCAAAAUGUUGUUCUUGUAAAAUAAUGUGAC